CGAACUUUGAACAAAUGAGAACAACUCCCAAUAGUGUAAAAGAAACAGCAUCUAAAACAUCAACUCAAGAUUAUAAAAAAUAAUAAUCAUAACCUGUAUGUGAAUUAAAAUAUUAUAAAGACUGUUAGCAUUCCAGAAUCUAGUCAAUUAUUCCAUAUUCCCUAAAAAUAUUGUCAUUAACGCUUAAAACCAUAACCUACUAUAUCUAAAUCUAUUGAAGAGAAAAGAUGCAAGAUUAAUAAGAAUAAUUUAUCAGAAUUAAAUAAUCGUACAAAUAGCAGUUCAAAAAGUCGAAUUUCAGGUUUUACAAGCAAUUAAUUGGAAGAUGAUUCUUUGUAUAGUUCAUAGAAUGCACUUAAGUUAAAGAAAAUAAUCGGUGAUUCAUAAGCUUUUAAUACUCAUCUAUUUGUGUAUAAAUAUUAUUCUAGUCUUUUAUAGUUCUAAAUCAAAUUUAACUUGUGAUUCAUCUAGUCCAGGAGGUAGAUAAAAUAAAUCAGCUUAUAAAAAAUCAGCUGAUUUUGAUAUCAAUUAAUUGAAUAUGUUAAAAGAAAAAAGUAUAACACAUAAAAAGGCUUAAUCCUAAUAAGCAAGUUAAUCAAAAGAAUUAAUUGAUUAAUUUUUAAAUCUUGAUAAAUAGAUUUAAGGAUCAACUUUAGAAUAACAAAAAAAAUAAUAAUAUUUAAAAUAAAGAGGGUUAUGGGAUCCCUUUAAAGAUCUAUUUAUUAAAUAAUUUGCCAGAACUCCAAUAUAAUUUAAAAGUGUGUUUAAUUAGUUGUAAAUAUAAGUUAGAGAAAUUGAAUAAUAGUGGUCAGACAUUAUUAUGUAAAUAGCAAAUAAUUUAUUUGAAUUAUUAUAAAAUUCUGCUAUACUCAUGGCUUAUGAAUAAGAUUUAAAGUUAAAUGAAUUAGUUGAUUAAAUGAAAAGGGAAAGAGACAUUUGGUAAAAUAAUUUUAGAUCUCUUGAAUAAGAAAGGGAUAUUCUAUUAGAAACUGUUUCUUAAUUAAAAUAAACAUUAGAAAAAGAGAGACCAUCUCCAUUUAAAUAAGAUAAGAAAUAAAAAGAUCUUGAUAAUGUAGAUAUUCCUGAAUUAAAAGAAAUGACUAUUUUAAUGCAAUAGAAAAUUUUAGAAAUGUCAGAAAAAGAAUCUAAAUUAAUUAAAUUAGUAUUGGCAAUACGUAAAACUGGAAUUGAUAUAGAGAAGAUAUAUAAUGAGGAAGUUUUGAAUGAAGAUUCAUUUUCAGACAAACCUAAUUAAUCAAAUAGAGAAUAGAAGUAAAAUUUAAUAAUUAAAUUAUAGAUAAAAUUUUAUAACUAAAAUUGAAAGAAGUUUUCAUGAUGCUGAUAAUUCAGUGGUUAAUGAUUCUGAUGAAUCUAGCUUUUAAUAUAAUGGAAGAUUGGAUGAUGAAAGUAUUAUUGAAAGUAUUAGAAGAUUUGAAAACAGAAAUUAAAAUAGUACUUAUGCUACAGAAAGUAAAAGCACAGUAAAAAUGAAAAUAGAUUUAUCAAAAUGUAAUUAAUAGCAACAAAAAUUGCAAUAAUUAUAAUAGUUAUAAUAAUAAUAACAAUAAAAAAAAAUUUAACAGCAACUUUAAUAAUAUAAUAUGAAUAAAUUGAAAAUACCUGAUUAAGAAAGUAUAGGAUUUCAUUAAGAAUUUAUGAUGAAAUUUAAUGAGUUUUCUGAAAGUUGGAGAUUAUAAGUAUUGAAAGAUGAAAAGAGAAUAAAAUCUUGA